CCUCAUAUUUGGUUUCAAUGUCAAAGGUUCGCACACGAGACAUGGGUUUCUUAGCCAUCUGAAAAAGGAAUUGCACCAAAAUCAUAUUGAAGUGUAUAUGGAUAAAAGGCUGGAGAGAAGAGAAGAAAUAUCAUUAGCACUUAUGGAAGCAAUAGAAGGAUUAAUGAUUUCAUUGGUCAUAUUCUCAAAAGACUAUGCUUCUUUAAUGUGGUGCUUGGAAGAGCUUGUCAAGAUCAUCAAAUGCAAGGAGACCAAUCAACUCAUUAUAAUAAUAGUUUUCUAUAAUAUCGAUCCAUCAGAUGUCAGACAUCAAAGAGGCUCUUAUGUAGAUGCGUUUGCCAAACAUGAGGAGAAGUUCAAGCAUAACAUAGACAAGCUGCAAAUUUGGAGAUCUACUUUGACUAAAACUGCUAACUUAUCUAGACUUGUGGAGAUAAAUGGAGGAAGAGCAUAUCAUCAAUUCAAGUCUAUUUCUCGUAUCUCAUUGCAGGGAAAUGAGUUCAUCCUACGGUAUGCCUCACUUCUACUCAUUUGGUUAAAAGACAUUUAUUUGUCUAAUUAAUACUGCUGUAUGGGUUGAAUGACAUUUAUUUGUCUACUCAAGACCUUAUUUAUGUCAUUGAAUAUAUAA